GUUCGGUCUCUCUGUCGGCUUCGGUAAACUCGUUCGUGAAGUGGGCUUACUGAUUACGGGCGAUAUCCAACGACGAUCAACGUUCGAUUGUAGGCAACGAGGUUCCUACGGAAGGAUAUUGCAUACAGGAUGUUGUAUUCCAAGCGGAGUCUGCGGAGGAUCGCCCGGCAUGAUGAGCCGGAAUUCAGCAACGCCAGUAUCUUGAAUAGCAUGGAGAAGUUCGUGCGCACCGUGAGCGAGAUGGAGGACACCAUCCUGGUGCCUAGCCGUCUGCUGGAUCUGUCCGUGGGUGAUGCGGGUGAUACAAUCUACAUGAAGGGCAAACGCGGCUGCACGGUGAAGGACACCUUGGCCAAUACCGACCUAUACCGUCUCUACAACAUCAUCAACCAGAUGAAGAUCGAGUUACUGUGGUCGCAGGAGCCUACGCGAGGCACCGUGGCGGACGAUCAGACGCCGAUUAAGAGUCAUCCGAUUGGUAGCCCAUCUGAACUGACGCACCAUCAGGCUAUAAGCAGUGGCAGACUCGGCCAUGUGCGUUGUCCCAGCACCACGUCUAUGCAGAGUGUACAGAGCGCGUCCUCGAUCGCCUGGACCUCCGACUCGGACUCUGAGAAUGGCAUUGAGAUUGACAGCGGCCUAGAAGGUGAAGAAUGCGUAGUCGAUCUAGCAAGCAUCGCCGCUGAAAACUUUAAGCGUCAUCUACGCGGUCUUCACAGCAGCAUCGCCCGUAUGACAGAGGCAGCUGAGUAUCUGACGUUGCGGUAUCAAGCCGAUGUAGGUGGGCAGGUUUGAUUAUCCGCUGGUAUCAUUAUCAUCACCAUUGUUGUCGUCAUCGUCGCCGCCCGUGCGUCACUGAUUGUCAUCAUGUUAGUUGGUAUUGCGAACAAAUAUCACAUCGUCACUUUGUAAUCGAUCUCAUUGACAUUUCCGCGAUUUUCGAUUUCCCGAGAUUGAGAACAGAAUUUCAGGAAACGCUGAUGAUGAAUCGCAAAAGAUUUUCUAGCAUUAAACUAAUCCAUAUCAAUUUGUUAUUUUAUUAACGUAUAAUUUACUGUGUUAAAAUACGCUGUUCACGCGAUUAGUUUAUGUGAAUGAUAAAGAUAUGUUUCGAUAAUGUAUUUGGGACGCGCGAUACGAGACAAUAAAUUGUCAUCGGAUAUAUAGAAUUCCGCAUAAAUAAACUAUUAGUUCCCAAAUAGAAUGGAGAGACUAUGAGAUAAGAUAUCUCGAGAUACUCGUAUCAUUUUUGGCAUAGCAUUAGAAAAGAAAAACGACUAGUCCAGGCUUUGAUUUUCUUCAUUGCCAUUUGUGCGGGUUUGAAUUUUGACGAUGGGUGUUACCUGCUGUAGACGAAUAGAAGCUUUCGAGAUGACAUGCUAUCACCAAAUGUUAUAAUUACAUGGGUAGUAAGAAGAACGGAUAAUUUCAUCUUGAAAGAAUUGGGAAUUAAUACGAAUAAGUGUUUACUUUCAACCAUCCAAAUGUAAAUUCUUAAAUUUUUCGGUCAUCUUGUUAGACGAGACAUUAUCGAGAAACUCGUAAUCCAAGCGAAGGUAAUGAAAAGCGACGGAGAGGAUAUAUCGACCAAAUAAAAACUUUAACGAAUAUGCCGCUGAAGGACAUGAUGCACUUAGCAUGACUUAGCGGAGGAUUGUGAGGCGUGGCAGGUUAUCGCACACAUAACUGCAUGAAAAGUUACGACAUUCGAAAAAACCGCAAUCAAGAAGAUAGCAUUAUGGGAGCUAAUGUUUGAUUCUGUUCUGCUUUUAAUAAUAUAGUUUAGCACCGGCAGAUCGAACAAAAUGAAAAGAAUCUAAAAUCAAGGAUGGAUGUGAUUGUACAUCGUUAUUAACCCGGGAGUGAUUACAUACCGGUCAUUUUGCCGUACUCUUCCAUUUUCUAUUUAUAUCUUUCAAUUUAUUGGCACUAUUAUAUUUUUACCUUUACGUAAAUGUUUGUUAAUGUUUUUUCGUAUAGUAUGUGAAAAUAGAUGACGUAAACACACUUAUAUCUAUAUAAAAUUUGAUAUGUUGUAACGGUCGAUCUAAAAGACCGUAACGCGCGCACUUACGUUAGUGUUUGUCGUCUCCGCUAAUC